CUUGCGAGCACCCCUUCCAAAGCUUGCUGUUUCUGGUGCGCGACUGGCAGUGUGCGUACGAGAUGCCGUACGGUUUGGAGGGUGGUCAACAACUCCUGGACAGCCGGUUCGAAGACAUAGAAGACGAAGAACUGCUACAGCUGCGGGAGAAGAUAUUGAAAUGUUUCAUGAAGAUCCGCUGCUUUCUCAUGCCCCACCCAGGCCUAAAGAAAAUGGACGCCACUUUCGAGGUUUACUGCGAGUACGUGACAGAAAAGAAGGACAGGACUUUCAACGCCUCAUUCCUCAAACACGUGGCCUUCAAAGUUGUCCACGGAUUUGUCACGACCGGUCUGGCGGCUGCUGCCAUCGCUUUGGCCGUGGUUGAGCUGCCCAUCGUGGCCAUCGCGCUCGGGACUGUGGGGGCUGCCUCCCUGUCCGCGCACUUUAUCCAAGUGGUCGUGGAAACGCAGCUUGCCAAACGCAAGAAAAAGGCUAGGAAGAAGAACUCAACGAUGGCUGCGGAAGCAGCCAAAAGCAGGGGAACGAGCGCCUUUGACAGCGAUGAAUGCGAAGAGGAGACACCAAUACUUAACGCCGAAGACGACAGCGCUAGCGAGCUUUCUGUGGAGCUCGCCGAGUGCGCAGCGACAUCGCUUGCACCACGUCUUACGACUACCACUGAAGAGACAGCAGCUGAGCCCGAGAACGCAUCGAGAGCUCAAGGAGCCUCCAAGAGCCGACGAAGGUACGCCGUUGAGAGAGUUUGCUCGGACGACUGCACACCGCUCCUUGAUGCCACAGAGGACACCGACAGUCUGCUGUCCAUGGACUUACCCGACGUUGAAAGUGUAUCACUUGUACCAUCUCUUACGCUUUACAACGAAGCGGCAGCAACGGAGGCAGUCAACUCGGAGGCAUUCACUCGGGCUGUGAAACAUUACGAACAAGGCAUGAAAUUGGUGUGUCACGAAUCAGUCCCCAGCCUCAGCGAGGAGCAGCUAAAAACAUACCACAACAGACUACAGCAAUCCGCGUGCAAUAUGUUUGCGAGAGGCUGCACUGCGACCGGAAAUAUGGUGCUACGACACUUUGUGGACAAGCUUGCAAAUGAAACGGAGGAGAUGUUCAAGAACAUCGUCAACCAGAACAGAGAAAAGCGUACGGAGACGUCUUAACGGCGAUGGCGUUGCGCUGGCGGGCUCCAUUUCCGGAGACGAUGACUGCGCUUGUAUUGGAGCGAUACCUAAGAAAACACACGUGUUCAUGAAUUGGGUAAACUUUAAGAAACUCCAAGUUGUCCAAAUGAUUUUGUAUUCCUCCACUGCGGCGUGCUCCAUGUCCUAGCUUCGCCGUUCACAUAAAACUCAACAGUACAUUUAUUAGCUUUGAGAACCAGCAAAAUAGGCUGCUCGUGUUCUCGUCUUUCGCCAGAGGCCAACCAUUGAGCACAACUCGUCAACAUGUGCAAUGCACUUUCAUCAAGACAACACUCAAACCAAACGUUUCAAUCAAUCACGCCGACUAAUUUCGGAUGCUUAAGAUUCAACUGCGCCAAUAGUAUAUACAAAGCCCAACCAAGCAUGUCUUUGUCAAAUGACAUUUCAUUGACUAAAUGCUCGUAAUUUAAGAACAACGCGAACUUUUGUAAGGUGUCGUUCCUCGUGGGCUACUGAUAUGUUUGCUGCUGAGCUGACGGAUUUAGGUCAUUUUUCUGUGUCCUUGCUUUGUUUGGCUUUGUUUAUUUUACAUAGUAUUGUUUUUUGAUCAUAGGUAACUGCUACUGUUAUAUCAAUCUAUGAAUAAAGCAUCUUGUAGUGAGCGCAUCAAUGCAAA